AUGGAUGGAAUGCACAUUCAAAACAAUGGACUGCACGCUCUACAAACUCUGCUGACGUUAAGAGAUGUUAUAUUCUCUGGAAUUGGAGCAGUGAUAUGGGCAGCUGUGCUUUUAGCAUGGGUUAUAAUUUUCCAGACACAGCGAGCUGUUUGGGGUGAAUUUGCUGAUACCAUAAGUUAUAUUAUACCUGAAGGAAUCCCGUGA